UACUAGCAAGUGCGAGCCUGUUGCCAAGUUAUUGAUCCUCCAGGCUUUCCACGAUUAAACAACACUGCAUUGCUGUCAUCUACCAAAACAGUCGUGCCACGGUCGUGCUUUCCAUCGGAGUAUACACCCCCGAAAAAACUCCCCCAAUACUUCGUCAAAAAGCCCGUCAAACCGAAGUUUUAUCCCAAAAAAACAACUGCAAUGUAUUAAAAUCCGUUGAAACCGCAAUUAACCGUUUCGUUAAACCAAUAAAAUACGGUUGUGGUGCAAUAUGACGUACAAUAAUCAAAAUGUAGAGCGUUUUUCGACCGAUCCUACAGCGUAUCUAGUGUCAUAGUUGAUUGCUCAUUCAAUGAGAAUAAAUGAACAUCAUGAAUAUAAUGAGGAUGCUUAAUAUAUCGUUAGAAAUCAACAUGGGAGUAUGAUUUGAUGAUAAAUAAUGGAAAAAAUAACGACAAGUCAAUGGCCCAAUUGUAGAAAAUAAUAUAUUAAACUUAUUGCAGCAGAAUUAUGUACAUGUGAAAAUAACAUUCAACAUAAAUAGCACUUUUUUUAUACCAACGAGAUGAAAAAAUUUACCAUCAAAGGUGUCCUCGACGGUUUUCGAUCGUCUGUAGCUCAACAGGUUAAGCCAGAUCAGGAAAUUAUUGAAAAUUUACGACCAGAACAUUUUCAAGUCAAAAAGACCUUCAGACAUGGAUUUCCACAUCAACCAACAGCAGUGGCUUUCGAUCCAGUGCAAAAGCUUCUGGCAAUUGGCACCAAAACUGGAUCCCUCAGAAUUUUGGGAAGACCAGGAGUCGAUGUUCACGUCAAACACGAGGGUGGUGCAGCUGUUCUUCAACUACAGUUUCUCAUCAAUGAGGGUGCCCUAGUUUCAGCGACUGCUGAUGACACACUACAUCUUUGGAAUUUUCGACAGAAAAUUCCACAGGUCGUCCAGAGCCUCAAGUUUCAACGUGAGAGGAUAACCUCGAUGCACCUGCCCCUUCAAAGUAAAUGGCUGUACGUUGGCACGGAAAGGGGCAACAUCCAUGUACUUCACAUCGAGACCUUCGUUUUAUCUGGCUACGUGAUCAACUGGAACAAAGCCAUAGAAGUAUCGAGGAAAACGCAUCCGGGUGCUGUUAUACACUUGAGUGAUAAUCCACUGGAUUUGAGUAAGAUGUUGAUCGGAUAUGAAACUGGACAGAUUGUGCUUUGGGAUUUGAAAACGAAAAACGCUGAGUGGCGAUGCCAGACAGACGAGCCACUUAGAUCAAUCUCAUGGCAUCACGAGGGCAAGCAAUUUAUGUGCAGUCAUACGGAUGGAUCACUGUCAACCUGGUUGCUGAGGCAAUUCAAAGCAACAAACGUUACACAUCCACAUGCAAAAUUGUCAAAGGACGGAGAGCCAGAGCCCUGUAAAUCAAUCCAGAAGGUCGAAUGGAAAUUAUCUAGAUCAGGAGAGGCUUACGUCAUAUUUUCCGGAGGAUUAGCGUAUGAUACCACUGGUAGAACUCCCAGUAUCACAGUUAUUCAGGGAAAAACAACAACUGUUUUGGAGAUGGAACAUAAUGUCGUUGAUUUUAUAACGCUGUGUGAGAGCCCCUAUAUGAGUGACUUCCAGGAUCCUUACGCUGUAGUAGUUCUACUUCAAAAUGACUUGGUUGUGAUUGACCUAUUAACCCCGGGUUUCCCCUGCUUCGAGAAUCCAUAUCCAAUGGAUAUACACGAGUCUCCAGUUACCUGCUGUUCGUACUUCGCCGAUUGCCCGUCGGAUCUAGUUCCAGCAUUUUACUCAGUUGGUUCAAAGUCCCAGAAAAAGACGGGAUUCAGUGAAAAAGAGUGGCCUGUGUCCGGUGGUGAAUGGAGUUCCAAUUCUAGUAGCUACAAUGAAAUUAUCCUCACUGGUCACGCCGAUGGCAGCAUAAAAUUCUGGGAUGCCUCAGCUGGCUCGCUCCAACUACUUUACAAAUUAAAAACAGCAAAAUUAUUCGAAAAGAGUAAAGCAAAGAGUUUAGAUAAUGAAGAGGAUCCACUAGCAAUCCAACUGAUGCACUUGUGUCCAGAGAGUCGUAAACUAGCGAUAGCUGGGGCCGGACGACACGUUGUCCUAUUUAAAUUUAAGAAGGCUGAGAGUAUGUCAGAAGUCGUGACAUUGGAAAUAUCGCUGACAUCAGAUGGAAAAGAUACGGAGGGCUCACCUGAUCCCGAUUUGGAUCCAUGCCAAAUACCAGGUGUAGAAGAGUCAAGAGCUGCCGAGGCCGCGAUGUCGUUAAAAGUCAAGGGAGGCCUGCAGAAAAGAGCCCCUGGAUUUCAAGCGACACUUAUUUGUUUAACGUCAAAUGCUGGUGGCGAACAAACUGAGAAUAUUACAUCACUCAGUCUCAACUCGUCUUAUGGCCUAUUAACAUAUGGAAAUGAGUCUGGUUUAGUGGUCAUCGACACUGUGCAAAAGGUGACACUUUUAGUAAUGAAUACUUCGGAUCUGGGGAGUAGUGGUGAUCCCUAUCAACGGGCAUUGAGAAGCCCCAAACGUCAGGACGAUGGUAAACGUGAGGGCGACGAUAAAGCGAGAAGUCCGAGCAUAGAUCAGACGAAAUACAAAAAACCAUCAGGCGUGUUUUUAAUGUUGGACUUUAUUUUCCGGAAUGCUGGCCGAACAGACAAAUUCGACAGUUCGUUCCAACGAUCAAGGAGUUCGAGUAUGUCCUCACUCGAGAAUAUUUCAACUGAAACCAUCAGCUGCCUUACAUUCGCCGAUUCCUAUACCAAGAAGAGUGAUACUUGUCCUCUCCCGACUCUGUGGAUUGGUACGUCUUUGGGCUCAAUACAAACUAUUGUAUUCAAUUCACCGACACCCGAGGAGCGUAACGUUCAACCUGUAACUAUUUCUACCUGCAAUGGCGCAUCAUUCAAACUGAAAGGUUGUAUCCUAACAAUGUCCUUCCUGGACUGCAACGGUAUACUCAUACCAAAUGCAUUCGAAUCAUGGAAAGACGAUAGCGUAGACGGUAAAAGUAGCAAGAGUAAGUCAAUGAACAGCAGUAGAAUGUCACCGCUGCUGAAUGCACCAGCUGUCGCUGGUAGUGAAGGCUUUGAGGAUCAGCAAUUUGUUGUGCUGACAUCUGAAAAGCAGGCGAAGGUUGUGGCACUACCCUCCCAAAACAUUGUUUACAGGCAGCAGUUAAGUGAGACGCAUGCUGUUAUUAAAGCAGAAAUUACAACUUUGAAAGAAAGUGUAUGUCUCAUGUGUUACGUGUCAAACGGUCACGUAGCGACUUACAGUUUACCAAGUCUAAGGCCCUUAAUCGCCGUUGAUUUUCUACCAUUACAAGAUCUGAGUUUUCAGACAACUAAACACGGGAUUGUAGAUCCCAUGUUGUCCAUAUGGGGUCAUCAACUCUUUGUUAAUGGCGAUACCGAUCAGAUUGCCCGGACUAUUUGUUUGAGUUAUAAAGGUCACGGUCUUUAUCUAUCAUCACCGACUGAGAUUCAGAAGUUCACCGUUUCCAAUGAUUUCUGCACCGAGCUACCAGAUAUGAUGGGCGAUCUUUUUAUGACUCUUGAUAUGCCUGAAGCACCCAAGGAAAGUUUUUUCAAGGGGCUGUUUGGAGGUGGAUCUAGAAGUCUCGACAGGGAAGAACUUUUCGGCGAAUCGAGUGGAAGAGCAUCGAGAACAGUAGCAAAACAUAUACCAGGUCCAACUGCAAAUACAGAAGCCCUCAGAGAGCGUGUAUCGACUGCAACUGGUGACGUUGCAGCUGCCCACCGAAUGGUAAUGGAGCGAGGUGAUAAAUUAUCGCAAUUGGAGGAGAGAACCGAACGCAUGAUGAAUGAGUCAGAAAAUUUUGCAACUUCUGCCCAUGGAUUAAUGCUCAAGUACAAGGACAAAAAGUGGUAUCAACUAUGAGGGGUAUAUUUAUUUGCCACUUGUGCCCAUUUUCCUCUACUGUAUUCCCUACACCCUUUUCCCCCCGUUUCCUUCAAACCCAGCUGAACUAUAGAAAGAAUGUAACUGUAAUUUAGUAUUCACACAUGAUUCGUGAAAUAGAUAAAGAAAGAUCAAUUACUGAAUUUUCACGAAUGUCUACACCCGCGCGGGCAAAUAAUUUAAUCAAUAAUGAAUGAAAAAAAAUGAUGAAACACUUAUUACGCACACGGAUUAUCAAAUAAAGUAGAAAGAGAUAAAUUAGA